UAUGUAUAAAUACCCUGCGUCACAUCCUGUCUUUUUUGCAGAGGCCAAUGUAAUGAAAACCUGUCAUGGAAGAAAUACAACAAUUCGACCUGACAUACGUCACAGAGCGGAUCAUCAGCAUCAUCUGUCCUUCUACAUGUCCAGAGGAUCUUUACUUGGAGAAUCUGAGAAAAAUUAUCCCUAUGCUAGAAUCUAAGCAUGGACACAACUACAUGCUCAUCAACCUCUCCCAGAAGGAUGACAUUCUCACAAAAAUGACCCACACGGUUUUUAACACAGGUUGGCUGGAUCUCUUAGCUCCAAGUUUGGAUCAAAUCUUUAACGUGUGCACAACAAUGGAGAACUGGCUACAAGGUCAUCCAAAGCACGUUCUGGUGUUACACUGCAGGGGGGAUAGGGGACGACUUGGAGUCCUUGUGGCGUCAUACAUCCAUUUCAGCAACAUGUCUGCCAGUGCAGACCUCUCUUUGGACCACUUUGCCAUGAGGAAGUUCUACAAUGACAAGCUCUCUGCUCUGAUGAUCCCCUCCCAGAAACGGUAUGUUUGGAUGGUGGGCAGCAUGUUAAAAGGAGGGCUGAGGAUGAACCCCUCUCCGUCUUUUCUGCUCUGUGUUGUUCUUUAUGGUAUCCCCAAAAUAAGACCAGAUGGAGGGUGCUGCCUGUUCCUUAGAGUCUACCAAAGUCUGCAUGCCGUUUGCACAUCACCUGUCUUCAACAUCAAUGCUGCUCAGACUGAUCGGCUCUACAUUGUGCUUCAACCGGCCCAACUACUCAAAGGGGAUAUUAUGGUGGUUUGUUAUGAUAAAGACAGCCAGUCAGGGAGUCGCCAAGUGGUUUUGCGCCUCCAGUUCCACACUGGCCUGGUAGCUGGACACUCCCUCUCUUUCUGCAAGGCAGACCUUGACUGUGUUGCUGAAGAUUCCCGUUUCCCAGAUGGUGGAAAAGUGGAGCUGCUGUUCUCAGAUAGUCCAGAAAAGAUUGCAGGUAGAGAGCUGUGGUUAAAUGAGCGCUCUGUGACAGUGGACUAUGAUACCUUGGACCCUUUGGUCAGAAGAGACUCUUUUCAGGACUGGCCUCAUUCACAAGCAGCUCCUCCUAAUGUGUCUGAGUCUGGAAAUGGAAAUUUGUACUCAAGAGUAAGAAAGAAGAGUACUGAGGAGGGAGCUCUGUACCCUCCAACCUCUAUCAGCCCGAGCUGCAGCGACAGAGCGCCAUCAGCCAGCAGUGACUCGGGCCUCUCUGUUGCCUCACAGGGGAGGACUGGAGCCAGACUCAGAAGAGGAACCCCUCAGGACACCUGGAACCAGAAGCUGAUCUUUGGGGCAGACUCAGAGCCGACCCAGGCUCUCCUGGAGGUCAUGACUGAACUUGAUUCUUCCUUUAAUGGAGAGGGAAAGGUGUCUAAAGAUGAGUCUGGACUGGGAGCCUCUAUCAAUGGAAAAGUUUCAUCAAGCGAGAGAGAGACGGAUAUUCUGGAUGAUGAGGAUGAAGGUUCUGUUUCAGAGGCUCCAAACCAGAGUAAUGAUUUCUCACUCCCAUCUGGAAGUCUACCUGGCAGUCAGAGUUCAAAUGAGUACUCCACUCACUCCUGGGUUCGACAGCAGCAGAAGGUAGAUCCCAUGUCUGAACUACGAAUCGGUAACAAAGAGAGAGCAGCACGUCUGGAGGCUCCUGAAACACCAACACGAGGAUUAAGCAGCAGGGAAGCGGUGAAGAGAUGCCUCAUAGAUGAGGGCAACAGAGAGCCUGGCAAUUCUCCUUCAUCCUGUCAGGAAGAUGAGCUGGCCUCCUUAAAUACAGACAUCGAUGACUCCAUUGAGCAGCUGAACCAGCUGAUUCUGGACUUAGAUCCCACUUUUGUUCCAGUUCCUACUCGAUGUUCUCCUCUGUCCCGCUCAGCCUCUUUACAAACCAACGGCCUCAGCCACAAGGGGAAAACAUAUCAGUCAGGGUGGAAACAGCAGAGAUAUGUCAGCGACGUGACAGACUCUGCUGCUCCAAAGAGUCCAGGAUGGAGGGGGGCUGGAUCUCAGAGCUUCAUAAAUUCCCCAGCUAACAGCAGCUCCUUUUUAAACUCUCAGCAUGGUCAGCUCUAUAAAACUACCAGUGUGGAUUUCCGCGGACAAGUAGACAGCUCUGACUUCAUCCCAGCGACUCCAGCUUUCCCAGUGUCUCCUCAAACACCCUAUGUGAAACAUUUCUCUGAGAUUUCCCAGCUCGGUGGUGGAAGACAGUGGGACCAACACAGCUGGACACAAGAAUCGAGAAGUUUCCUGGAUGGCAUGAACCAUUCUGGGGGCUCCAAAGACAGAGAGCUGUUCCAAUCUGACGUUCCAGUCACUCCCACCUCCUGUCAAAGGAUCUUUGGCUCCAUGACCUCAAUGUCAACUAGCAGUCCCCUCCAACACACAGACAGCUCUACUCCUCCUCCUGUUUGGCUCGACCGCACUCCAAACUCCCUGAACUCGCUAUAUCCUCCGCAACCUUCACCUCCUCUUCCUCUGAGAUCUCCCAAUGCUCAUAGUUCUCCGCUGGGGACUCAGAUGAGCCGAGGAGGGAGUUUAGGAGUCCGUAGUGGAACUGACAGUGCAGACUUGUCUUCGUUGCUAUUACUGGACAAUGGUAGCCUGGAGCACAGUCUGCUAGAGGCCGUGGAGGGGCUGGGGAAUCUGAAUCUUGGGGGAAAUGCAGGGAUUGCUCCUCUACUGCCCGAGAAGAGAAGAACAGCUGAGGUUGGAGAUGUAGGGUCACGGUCCCCCUCUCUGAGUGGAUUUUCCAGCCCACACAGUGGGAGCAGCCUCAGCAUCCCUCUGUCAUCCUCUCUGACAUCAGAUCCAUUUAGAGGUCUUAGUGGAGCUUCGUCACCUGGGGCAGACUCCAGCAGUAAACAGGACACUGUAAAGUUUGUUCAGGACACGUCCAAGUUUUGGUACAAACCCGACAUUUCCAGAGACCAAGCCAUUGCAGUGCUGAAGGACAAAGAGCCCGGCUCAUUUAUUGUCAGGGACAGUCACUCAUUUCGCGGGGCGUAUGGACUGGCCAUGAAGGUGGCCACACCUCCUCCAUCAGUGGUACAUCACAGUAAAAAAGCAGGAGAUCUGUCCAGUGAGCUGGUCAGGCACUUCUUGAUAGAGUGUACACCAAAAGGAGUUCGUCUUAAAGGCUGCCCCAAUGAGCCUUACUUUGGAAGCCUCACAGCUCUGGUGUGUCAGCACUCCAUCACCCCUCUGGCUCUGCCAUGUAAGCUUAUCCUGCCUGACAGAGAUCCAUUAGAGGAGCUGAAUGAUGCAUCGGCACAGACAGCAACAAACUCAGCAGCUGAACUUCUCAAACAGGGUGCAGCGUGCAACGUGUGGUUCCUGGGUUCUGUGGAGCUGGAGUCUUUGACGGGUCAGCAGGCGGUCCAGAAGGCAACCACACUGACACUCUCCAUGGACCCUCCCCCUCCCUCCACUGUGGUCCACUUUAAAGUGUCUGCUCAGGGAAUCACACUUACAGACAACCAGAGAAAGCUGUUCUUCAGGAGGCACUAUGCUGUAAACACGGUUAUAUUCUGUUCUCUGGACCCACAAGGAAGGAAGUGGACAAGAGACAGCGUCUCCACAGCAAAGAUUUUUGGAUUUGUUGCCAGGAAAUCUCAGAGUGAAACUGAAAAUGUAUGUCAUCUGUUUGCUGAACAUGACCCUGAGCAGCCAGCAAGCGCCAUCGUCAACUUUGUCUCAAAGGUCAUGAUCGGCUCUCACAAAAAGUGAUGGAAAGCGGAGCUUAGCUGCAGCAUAAAGAGAACCUGGAUCAAGGACAUAAUCCCUGCUGUGGAUUCAUUUCAUAAUUACGGCUAACUUAUGAACAUGAU